CUCCCGACUGUUGCUACACCCUGUAAUGAGAAGCAGCUACAGAUUGAUCUGUAAGGAAAGUUAUUGUUAUGCACUAGAACUGGUGGAACAACUGUUGUCUGCCCUUCAUUAAGGCUUGUGUUUAGCUGCUCGACUUGACUUUAAGUGGCUGGAACUUGGCGGAGAAAGUUUGAAUCCUUCUGUUGUGUGUUCUUGCCUAGCUCCCUCCUGGAGUCAAAUCCCCUUUUUCCCUUUGUUGAUCCGUGCCUUGGCGGCUGGCAAGGCUGAAAGUUUAGCAAGUUCUGCAAAUAACUUCACAUCACAAUAGAAAGUGUUUUUUUUUUCCUUUUCCUGCUCAUAAACGCCUCCUUGAAGAUUGCAGCUGGGCAGGACUCCAAAGGUGCAGCAGCAACAACAAACCAGUAGUUCAGAGUUAGCAAAUUGCACAACUUCCAGCUCAUCGCUACGCUGGGUGACUACUAACAAGCUGAAGGAGGUGAGGGGAAAGAGGGGGAGGAAAGAACACCCCAGCCUUGGGUUUGGACGCGUUGAUGUGGUGGUUCGGCCGCUGGAGUGGCUAUGGCUCCCUUUGGAAGGAAUCUAUUAAAGACCCGGCACAAAAGCAGGGCGUUCUUCUUGCUACUAGAACUUCAGAACCAGUGGGAACUGAGUUGGUUAAUUGAAAACGGUGUGUUGCUGCAUCGACUUUGAGACUCUACUCUGGGGAGAUCUGUCUCCCUCCUCCCCGCCCCCGCACCAACUUUUUCCGAAGUUUGCCUGGAUGUAGGAACUGGGUCCUGAAAACUUCCAAGAAUCCCUCCCGUUUCUUACCACAUCCCUUUAAUUAUCUCCAGACAAGAACAUGGCUUCUGAUGAAAGGGAGAUAGUGGUUUGGGUAUGCCAGGAGGAGAAAAUUGUGUGCGGACUGACAAAGCGCACAACCUGUUCUGAUGUGAUCCAAGCUCUACUAGAGGAACAUCAAGCUACAUUUGGAGAAAAAAGGUUUCUUUUUGGACAACCUAGUGAUUAUUGUAUCAUAGAAAAAUGGAGAGGCUCUGAGCGGGUCCUUCCCCCGCUGACAAAAAUGCUGAGACUUUGGAAGGCCUGGGGAGAGGAGCAGCCCAAUUUGCACUUUGUUCUGGUGAAGUCAGAUGCUUUCCUUUCAUUUCCGUUGUGGAGGACAGCUGAAGCAAAGAUAGUACAAAACAUAGGAAGACAAUGGGAGCUCAGCCCAGCGAAUUACAUGAAGUUGUUGCCAGUGGAUAAGCAAAAGAGGAUUGUUGGAAAGACUUUCAGGAAACUGGCCAAACUUAAACAGGACCAUACUCUGCAAGAGCGAGACAAUAUGGAGACAUUGAUUCAUCUGAUCAUUUCCCAAGAUCAUACCAUUCAUCAGCAAGUCAACAGAAUGAAGGAAUUGGAUACGGAAAUUGAAAAAUGUGAAGCCAAAUUCCACCUCGUUCAGGUAGAAAAUGAUGGAGAAAAUUAUGUGCAGGAUUCUUAUUUAAUGGCCACUCCAAAUGAUGCUGAGCAACAAACAAAUGUUCCACAUGGUCAACAUCAGAUGCAUGAAUACUUGAGCAAAAGUGAUGGAAUUUUACAGAUGGAAGAAGGACUGAAACAUCACAAACUACUAAUUGAAAAGCUCUGUGCUGAAAUUGAAAAAGAGGUAAAAGGUGUAUGCACUGAAACAAAUGGAGAUGGUAAAUGCAUGGCAGAGGCCUUAAAUGGCCAACUAGAAUCCUCAAAUUUAGAAAGUGUCAAACAUGAGUUGGAAAAAAGUACGAAAGAUGGCUUGAGAAUCCACUCUCACUUGAGCUGCAUUCAGAAAGAGCUUACCUACAGGGACUUGCUGCUGCAAAAGAAGGAAAAAGAAUAUGAACUCCUUGCGGAAGAAUUUAAUUCACUGCAUAUCAAAGACAAAAUUGAAUCCAGAUGUCCAGCUAAUGAAGAGCAGGCAAAAGGCAGCGAGGUUUCCAGCAAGUGUAUCGCAGUGCCAGACUUUGUUCGUAAAGUGACUAAUGUAGACAUAAAUGAUACGGACUCUGACACUGGAAUCAGCUCGACUCAUAGUCAGGACUCUGAAACAGCUUUAGGAGACAUGAUACUGUUGUCAACAUAGCUGGAGACCGUUGUGCACAUGACAAAGAGUAAUAUAAAACCAACCAUCUUUGGGGGGAUAUUUAUCCUUUUAAUAGUCUUGCUAUCAUAGGGUAUGUCUACACUGCAGCUGGAAGUGAGCCUCCCAGCCUGGGUAGACAGACUUGUACUAGCAGGGCUUGAGCUAGCUCGCCAAAAACAGCAGUAUGGAUGUUGUGGCUAGGGCUGCAGCCUAGGCUCUGAAGCUGGCCCGAUCCCAUAGGCUUGAGAGCCCGAACUGCAGCCCAAACAACAACAUCCACUGUUUUUAGUGGGUUAGCUUGAACUCCACUAGUGCAAAUCUGUCUACUCAGGCUGGGAGGAUAUGGUAUAGACAUGCCCAUAUCAUCUCGGACCUGAAGGUGUUGACCACUCUGGCCCCAAUCCACCAAAGCACUUUAGCAUGUGUGUAACUGUGAACAUAAGGGACUACACAUGUGCUCAAACUGACCCACAUACUUUAGCAUGUAAGUAAUCCCACGUGUUUACAGUUACACACGUGCUAAAGUUCUUUGCUGGAUUGGGGCCAGAGUGCUCAGAGUUUUGUAAGACUGAGCUUCAUUGAGACAAAAGUAUUCUGAUGGGAGAUGGCCUGAACCAAAAUUCCAGAUCUGAAACCCCUAAUCUUUGGGUCCAUCUCUACAUCUGACUAAUCUUUUAGGAAUGUGGACAUAAGGGAUAGACCAACUUAGACAGACAACUUGAUUCUCUGCUCCGUUACACUAGCUUUCUUCCACUGGAGUAACAGGGUGUAGGAUAAGGCACACAUUUGGUUAAAAUGUAGUUUUCAUGAUACUGUAGAGGUGAUAAAAAGCAUAUACUUUUUUAUGUUGUAUAUUUAAAUUUCAUUACCACAGAUUACAAAGCGUAAAAUUUUCAAAAGCACUUAAGUGCCAUUUUCAUAAGUGACUUAAGCACAUAGAUUUAUGUCUACACUGCAAUUAAAACCCAGUGGCUGGCCCAUAUCAGCUAAGGGGCUGUUCAAUUGUAAUGUAGACAUUCAGGUUUGGGCUCGGGCUGGAGCCCAAACAUCUACACCACAAUUAAAUAGCCCUUUAGCCCAAGCCCUUUGAGCCCAAAUCAGCUGGCAUGGGCCAGCUGUGGGUGUUUAAUUGCAGUGUAGACAUACUCUAGCAGUCUCAGUCCCAUUGACUUUCAGCAAGAUUUAGGGUUGAAAGUUAAUCUGGAAUAGGGUAAAUGAGAAUUUAAAGUGAAUUGUUCCUGAUUUAACACCAUGUUUGGAAUUUCUUAUUCCAGAAUGAGAGCUUCCAUACAUGGAGUUAAUCAGGAAUAAUUAAUUAGGAAUAGCUGUAUUGGAAUAACUCCCUGUGGUAGACAAGCCCUUAGGCUCCUAAAGACCAGAUCUUCAGAGGUAUUUAGGACCUAACUACCAUUGAAAUUGGUGGGAGUUAGAUGCCUAAUACUUUUUGAGGAUCUGGACCCUAAGUCACUUAAGAAUGUUUGUUUGGAAAUUUACCCUGAAAUCUGACUAAAUGUAUUUAAUGGGAACUAUGUACUAGCUAAGCAACACAAAGUUCAGUCAUAUCCUGGACUUAAGUCUUAAACGAUGAAUGAAAAGAUGACAUAUAGAUGGCAUAAAUCUAAAAUAAUUUCAACUACAUUCUUUUCCUUUCCUAUAUUUUGGUGUUCAUUAGAGUCCUCUCACUACCCUCAAGUGUCUGCCAGUCAUCUGGUUUUCAAAAUAACCAGAACACUGUGGAUUUAAGACUGUAAAUAUGACUUUGGAGAGCAACAUUUCCUGAACACCACAAACUGUUUGUUUUUAAAGACUUGUGAACUCUGGACUUUAUGAAGAGCGUUUGUGUUUGCAGGUAUCUAUCUUGGCUGCCUUAAUAUAUUUUAUCACUCAACAUUAUAUAAAAUGAUUGGGAUGCUUCAAGUGUAACACAUGGAGCUCAGCUACAUGAAUUCUUGUAUAUAGCAAGAUCUAUAGCAAACAAGACAUCUUAACAUUGUAAUAAUUUAUUAACACAACUCAGCAUCUUUUGUACUCUGCGUGUCAUGUACUGAUAUUAGGCAUUGCAUGCACUUCUCAGUUCAGAGCUUUGAAUGUUGAGAGCAGGCUAAUGUAUUUCAUGAGUUCUUGUGCAGUUAGAGAUUUCGUUUAAUGUGUCAGCAGUUUUUAUAAAUACAUUUUCUAGCCUG